AUUUCCCCCUGCUGUUUUUUCCACAAGAGCAAUACAAAACAUGAGCAGCUAUAAGGCCAUUGAAAUAGAUUCCGAUUCGAGUGAGGUUGACGAGACAAUGCCUCCGAAACGCUGCGAGUCACCCGCAAGAAGUGCCGGCGCAAAAGCUAAGAUGGGCAACGAACACACCCCUAAAUCAGCCAAGGUCGCAAGAACGGAACCGGACUCGACAUCUCCAUCUUCCUCGGACAUGACAAACACAUCGCCCGGCACUGCCGCAGAGGCAUCUGGUAAAGCAGGUCGCAACAGGGCAAGGAAGAGCCAGCAAGGCGCCAGACGCAUCAGUCCUGACCUCCAGUUCGAGUCGGUUGCUGUGGACGGGGGUGAUGGCGGUGGUGCGUCUGAAGCCCCCAAGAAACCCAAAUUGGAGAAGGACCCUGAGGAGGCGAAGGAUAAGGUGAACACGGCUAUCAAAGACCUGCUGAAGACCGAAGAGAUGCAGGAGCUCAUCAAGCAGAUCGCCAACGAGCGGGUGCGCUGCAAUUUCCUGUUGGCAACCUACCAACUGCCGGACAUGAACUUCACUCUUAACACGUCCUUGGACACGCUAUGCAUUCAGUUCCGGGAGCGCGUCAAGCAGCGCCGGGAUCGGGGGAACCCCACCUCGUCCACUGCAGCACCAAGCACCUCCGCCAGCAGCCAGAAGGGACCCACAAAGGCAGCUCCAAAAUCACAAAAGCCUUCAUCUUAAAUCAGCUGUUAUAUGUAUAUUUUAUGUAUAGCUUGUGAUUUGUAUUAGGAAAAAUAAUAUCACUGCAAAUCUAGGGAUACAUCUCAGCAUUAAAUAAGUGGAUUUAAAUUUAAUAAUAAGAAAACACAGACGUUUUGCCAACGAAAAUAAAAGAUUAAUGAGGAAUUUAAAUAUAAGACAAAAAAUGUAUUGGCAAACUUAAUACACAUAUAUACACAGUCGAAACAGUAGUUGCCAUUAAUUCUAAAUGCAAGAAGCGACAAAGAGAGGGACACUAUUCCUGAAAAAAAACAUGAUAAAUAAUAAUAAAUAUAUCUUAAUAAUUUUAAAA